AUGAGUUCGUCGGAGGAGAAGACGUCGUGGCCGGAGGUGGUGGGGCUGCCCGUCGAGGAGGCCAAGGCGAUCAUCCUCCGCGACAAGCCUGGCGCUGACAUCCUCGUCCUUCCCGUCGGCUCCAGCAGCGACACGCAAUUCAUCGCCAACCGCGUCCGCAUCUUCGUCAACGGCACCACCGUCGCCGAGACUCCCAUUGUUGGCUAG